AUGACUGUUGUUGAAGGAAUUAGUACCAAUCUGGCAGAAACAAGUGAAUUGUUUUCGAGUUAUAUCUCGAGUUAUGUGCAUUUCUUAAAUAAGUUCAUUGGCCAUUUGCGUCGAGUGGCAUCAUUAAGAUAUGAAAGAACUACACUAAUCAAAUUUGUGAAGAAAUUGAGAUUUUUGAAUGAGUCUUUGACCAGUUAUGAUGUCUCCAGUAAUAUGGCUAAAUUUAAUGAGAAGAAUUUUGGAGUAGCUGUUAUACCAUUGGCAUCUUUUUACUUGAAAUGCAUAGAGCUCUUUGAUAUGUUGGACUUCUACUUAACAAAACCAUUACAAAAUGAGAUUGUUUCGAAGACAUUGAAUAAGGAUUUGUGUCUAUCUGAAGAAUGCAUAAUCGCCAUUGAUGACACACAUAAUCAUUUCGUGAAAUUUACUCAAUGGAUGGUAGAAUCUUUGGAGAAUGCCGAUCCUCUAUUGCAAAUCGAAGUUGUUCAGUUUGCAAGGAAAUGCGCUGUAGCAGACAAUGUAGAUAUAGAAGAGACAAGCGACAUACUCUUACAGGAGGUUGAGCCCGUUGCAGAUGCUGCAGAAUAUGAGGAGUUAUCCAGUAAAUGGGCAUCUGUGCUGGAAGCCAAGUUACAGGCGUUACAAGUAAUCUUUGAUGACGAGAUGGCCGCGUGGCACGAUAAAUUUGAUAAAAAGAAGGAGAAAGUAAAUUAA